AUGUCUAAUUAUGCCACUUUCAAAAAUACAUUUUUUUUUGAUAUUUUAGAGUUUCUAAAUAUUAUCAAAAUUUCAGAAUUACACAAUUUAAAGAAUACUAUUGAUUUAGAAUCGACUUCUUUAGAAGUUUCGUCACAUGAAGAUUCAUCAGAAUCAGAUAUAGAGAAAGGGUCUGAAUCAGAUUCUAUACGGAAGAAUGAUCAGACUGUCCAAAAUAAAGAACUUAAAAAUGAUCCAUUCUUAAUUGAUUGGACUGGUCCGGAUGAUCCAGAAAAUCCUCAAAAUUGGUCAAAUGCAAGAAAAUACUUUAUCAUGUUUCAAAUUAUGCUAUUAACUGCCGUCACAUAUAUGGGUUCAUCAAUUUAUACGCCUGGUGAAGAAGGUAUUCGUGAAGAGUUUAAAGUUGGCCAUGUUGUUGCCACUUUGAAUAUGUCACUUUAUGUUCUUGGCUAUGGUCUUGGUCCAAUUGUGCUUUCUCCAAUUACUGACAUUGCCAAAAUUGGUCGUCAACAGGUUUACACUUACACUUUAUUCUUCUUCAUGAUUUUCCAAAUUGCUAUUGCUUCUGUUCAUAAUAUUGGUGGUCUUAUUGUCAUGAGAUUCAUUACUGGUGUCUUAUGUUCUCCUGCUUUGGCUACUGGUGGUGCCACAAUUGUCGAUGUGAUGAAACAAGAAAUUGUUCCUGUAUUUUUAGGGUUCUGGUCUGUAGGUGCUAUUGUCGCUCCUAUUAUUGCUCCAAUUCUAGGUGCUUCUAUGGUUAUAGCUAAGAAUUGGAGAUGGAUCUUCUGGUUACUGACUUGGAUGUCUGCUUUUACUUUAAUUAUACUAGUAUUCUUUUUUAAGGAAACUUCGGCAACAGCCAUCUUAUCUCGUAGAGCCAGAAGAAUAAGAAGAGAAACAGGUGAUGAUAGAUACUAUACUUUACAAGAAAAGAAGGACUCUGAGUCUAACUUCUGGAAACUAAUUGGCUCUACACUAUACUCCUCUAUCAAGAUUAUAUUGUUAGAACCUAUUGUUCUGGCCUUUGAUGUUUACUGUGCUCUUGCUUACGGUUCAUUUUAUUUAUUCUUUGAAUCCUUCCCAAUUGUUUUCAGUGGUAUAUAUAACUUCACACUGAUUGAACUUGGUUUAUCCUUCAUGGGUUUUGCUGUUGGUGGUGCCAUUGCUUUUGUUAUUUUCUUAACAUUUUUAGUUAAGGUCUUAUUUCCAAAAUUCCAGAAUGGCACUUUCGUUCCAGAGACAUACCUGAUCCUAUUGAUGUGGGUUUGUUGGUGUUUCCCAUUUGCUAUCCUCCUAUUUGGAUGGGCUGCAGGUACUCAUUGGAUUGUUCCAAUUAUUGCUGAAGUAUUUUUUGUUAUUUGUUGUUUCAAUCUAUUCCAAGUUACCUUCUCAUACUUAGCAUUUGCUUAUCCAAAUCAUACUGCAGCUGUCUUUGCAGGUAAUGGUCUAUUUAGAGCAGGAUUUGCCUGUUCGAUGCCAUUGUUCGGUCAAGCGAUGUACAAUAACCUAGCUAUCGAUGGUUAUCCAGUCGGUUGGGGUUCAACCAUCGUUGCUUUUUUUACUAUCUUCUUGUGUAUUGUUCCAUUUGUGCUAUACAAAUAUGGUGCAUCAUUACGUGCAAAGUCCAGAUUUGUUCAGUAA